AUGUAUAAAGAUAUACGCAAGGAUAAAGAGAUAGAUAUAGGGAUCGCCGCGGGUUCGAGCCCGGCCCCCGACGGGGCGGAGCGGGGCCGUUCCGUUCCGUGCCGAGCCAGGGCGGGCCGUGCAGCCAUGGCAGGGCCCGGGGCACCCGCGCUGCUGGAGGCCGCCUGCAGGGCGUACGGGGCGGCCUUCGGGGGUGCUGCGGCUGCCGGGGCGGCCUGGGCCCCCGGGCGGGUGAACCUGCUGGGCGAGCACACCGACUACAACGGCGGCUUCGUGCUGCCCAUGGCCCUGCAGCUGGGGACGGUGCUGGUGGGCUCCCCCACGCAGGACGGGACCAUCUCCAUCCUCACCACCUCGGAGUCAGCGGAUGAGCCCCACAGGGUGCAGUUCCCUACUCCCUGCGAAAGCAGCCCCCUGAGCCCUGGGCAGCCACGCUGGGCCAACUAUGUCAAGGGCGUGAUCCAGCACUACCGGGGCGGUCCCGUGCCUGGCUUCAACGCCGUGAUAGCCAGUGAUGUCCCCCUCGGCGGCGGCCUCUCCAGUUCUGCCUCUCUGGAGGUGGCUACUUACACCUUCCUGCAGCAGCUCUGCCCUGACGAUGGCGAUUUGGUGGCCAAGGCGCUGGCAUGCCAGAAAGCGGAGCACACGUUUGCUGGCAUGCCCUGCGGGAUCAUGGACCAGUUCAUAUCCGUGAUGGGCAAGGAGGGUCACGCGUUGCUCAUCGACUGCAGGUCCCUGGAGACCGUCCCCGUCCCGCUGACCGAUGCCAGCUUGGCCGUCCUCAUCACCAACUCCAACGUGCGGCACACGCUGACGGGCAGCGAGUACCCCACGCGCCGGCGGCAGUGCCAGGAGGCGGCAGCGGCGCUUGGCAAGGCCAGCCUGCGGGAUGCCACCAUGGCCGAGCUGGAAGCGGCCAGGGGCCGGCUGGGUGAGGAGGUGUACCGGCGUGCCAGGCACGUCAUUGGCGAGAUCGAGCGCACGGUCCAGGCGGCGCGAGCGCUGCAGGACAGGGACUACGGCACGUUCGGGAGGCUGAUGGUGGAGAGCCACAACUCCCUGCGGGAUGACUACGACGUGAGCUGCCCAGAGCUGGAUGAGCUGGUAGCAGCGGCUCUGGAGGUCGAUGGGGUUUAUGGCAGCCGGAUGACGGGAGGAGGCUUCGGUGGCUGCACGGUGACGCUGCUGGUGGCCGAGGCUGCGGAGAGGGCCCAGCAACACAUCCAGGAGAAGUACAGCGGCACAGCGACCUUCUACAUCUCCAAACCCUCGGAUGGGGCAAAGGUGCUGCCCCUGUAGAAGAAACAAGCACCUCGUCUGUGCUGGGAUCGUGUCCCUGCUGGGAGAGGAAUGGCGGCCACUCUCCUCGCUCCACCAGGGAGCCAAGCUGUGUGCCUGCAUCAUUUGCUUAAUAAAAGUAAAACAUUUGCACGGUCA